AUGGCAGCAGUAGCGUCCGCGGCGGCCCAAGGGUCCAUUUCCUCUGUACCUCAAGGUGGUGUGCGCUCCCCAGCUACCGGCAUCCAAUCCUUCUACGCCUCCAAGAUUGCCAGUUCCGAAUUGCUCAUCAACGAGCGAACACAGAACUUGCGCAGAUUGGAAGCUCAGAGAAAUGCAUUGAAUGCUAGGGUCAGGCUGCUGAGGGAGGAGUUGCAGCUCUUGCAAGAGCCGGGCAGCUAUGUGGGCGAGGUUGUCAAGGUGAUGGGAAAGAAGAAGGUGCUGGUCAAGGUUCAGCCAGAGGGCAAGUACAGUAAGUAGUGCUCAAUGAGUGGACGCGGCUACCCUGCUUGCCUUUGAUCUCUACUGAUCAAGAGUUGAUCAUCACAUCGCAGUCGUGGAUCUCGCACCCGAUAUCGACAUGGCCUCGCUCAAACCCUCUCUUCGAGUGGCUCUUCGUUCUGACUCUUACACAUUGCACAAGAUCUUGCCCAACAAGAUCGACCCAUUGGUCUCGCUGAUGAUGGUGGAGAAGGUUCCCGACAGCACAUACGAGAUGGUCGGUGGUCUGGAUCGUCAGAUCAAAGAGAUCAAAGAAGUGAUCGAGCUGCCCGUCAAACACCCAGAGCUGUUCGAAGCUUUGGGUAUCGCCCAACCCAAAGGAGUACUGCUGUACGGCCCACCUGGGACGGGAAAGACGUUGCUGGCUCGCGCCGUGGCGCAUCACACCGACUGUCGCUUCAUCCGUGUCUCUGGCUCAGAAUUGGUGCAAAAGUAUAUUGGUGAAGGAAGCAGGUGAGUGUGAUUUUCAGAAGUACGUGCUCCUAACGUAACGCAUGUUCACUUGAUCAUCUGCAACUUGCAGGAUGGUGCGCGAACUCUUCGUCAUGGCUCGUGAGCACGCACCCUCCAUCAUCUUUAUGGAUGAGAUCGACUCUAUCGGGUCUUCAAGGGGCGAAGGCGGCAGCGGAGGUGGUGACUCGGAAGUUCAGCGAACCAUGCUGGAGCUUCUCAAUCAGUUGGACGGCUUCGAGGGGACGCAGAACAUCAAGGUGAGCAGCGAAGCGUUCCAGCGCGUGGUGGACGCGUGGUGAACGAGAUGUUGUCUCCUCGCCCGUGCUGAUUUGAUGGUAUACUUGAUAGGUGAUCAUGGCGACGAACCGCAUUGAUAUUCUCGACAGCGCGUUGUUGAGGCCGGGCAGAAUCGACCGCAAGAUCGAGUUCCCGCCUCCAGGUCCCGAAGCUCGAGUCUCCAUUCUUCGCAUUCACAGUCGCAAGGUCAGUGUGCGCAGCUUCUGCUCAGACACAUCAAGUACUUCAGCGCUAACAUCUACUUGCCCGUUCGGGGCUUGCAUGCCACGCAGAUGAGCUUGCAGCGAGGUAUCAAUUUGCGUGCCCUGGCCGAGAAGAUGGGCCAAUGCUCAGGAGCUGAGGUUCGCGGCAUUUGCACCGAAGCCGGUAGGUGUGACCCUUCAUUCGUGUUCGUCAUCAGACAUCUGACCUCCAGCAUCCCAAUGUUUGUGGACGCUGCGCAGGCAUGUUCGCACUUCGGGAGAGAAGACAACACGUGUCGAUGGAUGACUUCUUGCUUGCCGUGUCCAAGGUCACCAAGAAGGCUGGAGAUUCUUCUACGAGCUCUUCCAAGCUGUUCACUUAA